AUGUACGGCGGUGACUCGCCAUUGAAUCUUGUCCGAGCCGACUUUUCGUCAUUGAAACAUGUUGAGGAUAUUUUGAAUGAAACAAAAAUUUAUAUCGGUCAAAUGAAAUAUGACGUCCGUCCAUAUUAUCAACCAGUUCGUGUUAACAAAUGUAUGAAAUGUUUUAGUCAUGAGCAUCGAACAAUACAAUGUAAUAAACCGCAAAUAUGUAUCCGUUGUGGGCUGCAGCAUCCGUUUACAAACCUCGGCUGUACAAAUCCUGUUAAAUGUGUCAAUUGCCAAGGCGAGCAUUCGGCAGGCCAUCCCUCGUGUCCUGUUGUACAACAGAAACGCAGGCUACUGGCUGAACGUCCAAAAAUUAAUCGUGCUGAAUUAUUAGUGCGAAAGUCGCAACUGCAACGGUACAACACGGUUUCUGAUUAUAAUGAUGAUGUUCCUGCCUUCUCACCAUCGUUAUCAUCAGUGCCUCCAGUUCUAGCCAGAGGCAGUUACGCUGCAGCUUUAAAGCAACCGCAACAAUCGACAACGACAGAUAGUCAUCAAGUUGAACUCAUUUUAUCAUCGUUUACUACUAAAAUAGAACAAACACUGUACGAUUUCGAAUUCCGUAUGACGACUCAAAUAUGUGAACUGGAAAAGAACAUCGAUGAAAAUGCAUUAAAGAUGACUGAAUUCGAUAACAUUGUGUACAAUAUCGUUCUUCCGUGUAUGCAACUGAUGACUAAUAUUAGCUUCGAGAAUACGUGCCACCCCACCACGAAAAAAGAUU